AUGUCCUCUCCUCCUUCUACACCACCUAUCAGCUACCUGUCUUUACAUGCUAAAAUACCUAUGAACUAUAUGGACCAAGUCAAGACAACGUUUCAACAAUUCAAUUUUCAACAGCGCUACUUUUUUCUGACUGAAAUACUCAACUGUUGCGAUAGUCAAUUACUGCACUAUGUUCAUACCUUUAUUACACCCAAACUCAAGAUUGAUUUCUUAUACAAACUACCUCUUGAAAUUGCUCUUCAUAUUGUAUCUUUGAUAGACGACCCAUAUACCCUAACUCAAGCUUCAUGUGUCUCUCGUCAUUGGGCUAAUCUAUUUCAAGAUGAAGGCGUAUGGAAAUCCCUUUGUCUGAAACACAACUAUUUUAGUUGGGACAAACGAGUAACCUACCGAGCUCUAUUUCGUCGCCAAUACAGUAUUGACAUGGCCUGGAUUCAAGGCAAUGCUAAAGUCAUAUCAUGCGAAAGUAAGAUUGGAGAAGGGCUAGCCACUUCAGUUCAAAUGGACGAUACGUUUACUGUGAUUGGAUGUGAUAAUAACCUGGUGGAAGUGUUUGAUUCAACCACAGGGAAGCACCUUCGAUCUCUUUUGGGUCAUGAAGGAGGUGUAUGGGCGCUGCAGUUUAUCAAGACACAGCAGAAUCAACAUCUACUUGUCACUGGUGGUUGUGAUAGAGCAGCUAGAGUCUGGAACCUCAACACAGGUGAAUUACGCCAUGUCCUACAAGGUCAUGUCUCUACCAUUCGAUGCCUAAAAAUACAGAAUGACAGGAUUGCUGUCACAGGCUCAAGAGACACCACCUUGCGUAUCUGGGACAUUGAACAGGGCCAACUGGUCCAUAUCUGCACUGGACAUCAAGGCAGUGUGCGGUGCAUUGCUAUCCAUGGAAACCGAGUGGCUUCUGGUUCCUAUGAUACCACGGCUCGUUUAUGGGACAUGGACACAGGCGAAUGCAUUCAUGAAUUUAUAGGCCAUCAUUCUCAGAUCUAUGCCAUUGCCUUUGAUGGUACUCGUGUUGUCACAGGCUCACUGGAUUCUCGUAUUCGAAUAUGGUCUGCUCAAACAGGUGAAUGCUUAAUGACACUGCAAGGCCAUACCUCGCUUGUGGGCCACCUACAGCUAUCCAACAGAACACUCGUCAGUGGUGGUGCAGAUGGCUGUUUGCGUGUGUGGGAUAUAGAGACAUUUGAAUGUAAGCAUCGUAUUUCAGCCCAUGAUAAUGCAGUGUCUUGUUUGCAAUUUGAUCAAAAGCGUAUCUUGAGUGGUGGAUCCGAUGGGCGAGUCAAGCUAUGGGAUAUUGAAAAUGGUAUUCUGAUUCGAUCGUUUACUGAGACAGCAAGAACUGUAUGGAAGGUCCAAAUGAACCAGACCAAGGCUGUUGUCAUUCUACAGCGAGAUACUGACCAUCAUACCAUGGCUUCUCAUCGUACAGUGAUUGAACUACAUGAUUUUGACUUGGAAGAAUAG